AUGGAUCUUUGGAUAUUUCCAUCUUUACUCCCAAAUCUGUCUGAGCCCUUAAUGUAUGAAAGCUUCAUGCUGGGCAACGAAACGGACGAGAGCUUGAAAAAUGCCACUGAUAAUAGCUUCACCAAGACUGGCACGGUGGUCAUCACGUUUAUUUACUUUGUAGUCUGUGCUGUAGGGCUAAGUGGCAAUGCCUUGGUCAUUUAUGUCAUCUUGAGGUAUGCUAAAAUGAAAACGGUCACCAACAUCUACAUCCUUAACUUGGCUGUAGCUGAUGUCCUCUUCAUGAUGAGCCUGCCGUUCAUUGCCAUGCAGCUAGCCUUGGUGCACUGGCCCUUCGGUUCAGCCUUGUGUCGUCUGGUGAUGACCGUCGACUCUCUCAAUCAAUUCACAAGCAUCUUUUGCUUGAUGGUGAUGAGCAUUGAUCGCUACCUGGCUGUGGUGCAUCCCAUCAAGUCUACCAAGUGGAGGAAGCCCAGAGUGGCCAAGACCAUCAAUCUAGCAGUGUGGGGAGUCUCCUUGCUCGUCAACAUGCCCAUUGUCAUUUACAGUGGCUUGAUUAGUAAGCCGGGGGGAUGUUUCUGCACCAUCGUCUGGCCGGAACCCCAGGACGCCUACUACACAGCUUUUAUGUUCUACACCUUCAUUUUGGGUUUCUUCAUGCCUCUGCUGGUCAUCUGUCUGUGCUACCUGCUCAUCAUCAUCAAGGUGAAAUCGUCAGGGAUACGCGUCGGCUCGUCCAAACGAAAGCGCUCAGAGAGGAAGGUGACGCGCAUGGUGUCCAUCGUAGUGGCUGUGUUCGUGUUCUGCUGGCUUCCGUUUUACGUCUUCAACGUGACGUCCGUGACGGGCACCAUCAGCACGACACCCAUCUUGAGGAGCACCUUUGCUUUCGUGGUGGUUCUUGGAUACGCCAACAGCUGCGCCAAUCCCAUAUUGUACGCCUUCCUGUCGGACAACUUCAAGAAAAGCUUCCAGAAUGUAUUGUGUCAGAAAAAGGCGGGCGGGCUUGAUGAGAUCGAGCGCAGCGACAGCAGACAGGACAAGACGAGAAUGAUGAACAACCCAACCGAGACUCAGAGCACUCUACUGAAUGGAGAUCUGCAGACCAGUAUCUGA